CUCUCGGGGUUGCAUGUACUGUAUGUGGAGCAGUGUACAGUGGAGCGGAGGCAGAGCGGCUCCGCGAGCUCCUCGCCACUUUCCCAUAGAGCAGCCCCGACUGGCCGCCGAGGGCGAGCCACACACACGCCCUCGCGCCCGGCGAGCCCGCGAGGUCGCUAUCAUAUGACAAAGGCUGCACGCGGUUCAUCUUGCUCCCCGUGUACUUUCCAUUUGCCUUCCUGGAAUCCUGCUGCAUCACAGAGGCUGGAAAUUCUGAUGUUCCAUUGAAAUCACAAUGGAAAGCCUUGACUUGACGGGUCACAGUAAUGAAAGGCAGUAAUAGAAAUAAAGAUCAUUCAGCAGAAGGCGAAGGGGCUGGAAAACGACCCAAACGAAAGUGUCUUCAGUGGCAUCCAUUGCUGGCAAAGAAACUUCUAGACUUUUCAGAAGAGGAGGAAGAGGAAGACGAAGAGGAGGAUAUUGAUAAGGUUCAGCUUCUUGGGGCUGAUGGCCUAGAACAAGAUGUUGGUGAGACCGAAGACGAUGAAUCACCAGAACAGCGCGCCCGGAGGCCAAUGAACGCAUUCCUCUUAUUUUGCAAACGCCAUCGCUCCCUUGUACGUCAGGAACACCCCAGGCUUGAUAACCGAGGUGCUACCAAGAUCCUAGCUGAUUGGUGGGCUGUUCUCGAUCCAAAGGAAAAGCAAAAAUACACAGACAUGGCCAAGGAGUAUAAAGAUGCAUUUAUGAAAGCAAAUCCUGGCUACAAAUGGUGUCCUACCACAAACAAGCCCGUGAAAUCCCCAACACCCACUGUCAACCCACGAAAGAAACUCUGGGCCUUCCCGUCUGACUCUUCGAGAGACUUACCAAGCCCCAAGAAAGCUAAGACCGAAGAAAUGCCUCAGCUUAACUUUGGAAUGGCCGAUCCUACUCAAAUGGGCGGCCUGAGCAUGCUGCUUUUAGCUGGAGAACAUGCUCUUGGCACACCAGAGGUGUCUUCUGGCACUUGCAGGCCUGAUGUUUCAGAAUCCCCUGAAUUGCGUCAGAAGUCCCCAUUGUUUCAGUUUGCUGAGAUAUCUUCAAGUACAUCCCACCCUGAUGCUCCUUCGAAACAGUGUCAAGCAUCAGCCUUGUUUCAAUUUGCAGAGAUUUCAUCAAACACUUCGCAGUUGGGUGGUGCCGAACCUGUGAAACGCUGUGGAAAGUCUGCGCUCUUUCAACUGGCAGAGAUGUGCCUGGCGUCAGAGGGGGUGAAAAUGGAGGAAUCAAGGCUAGUAAAAGCAAAAGAAUCAGAUGGCGGAAGAAUUAAAGAAUUGGAGAAGGGAAAGGAAGAAAGAGAAAUAAGAAUGGAGAAGACAGAUGAAGCCAGGUUACAGAAGGAAGCUGAAUUUGAAAAUUCAGCUACAGAACACAUAAGAGAUUCUAAGGAAUUAAGAAAUUUCGAGGAGGUGAGAAUGGAUGAUAUAAUGGCUCUAAAAAUGGAAGAUCCCAAAGAAAUUAAAAAGGAAGAAUUAGAGGAAGAUCAAAAAUGUAGUCACUUCCCUGAUUUUUCUUACUCUGCCAGUAGCAAGAUAAUAAUAAGCGAUGUUCCCAGUAGAAAGGAUCACAUGUGCCAUCCUCAUGGAAUUAUGAUCAUCGAGGAUCCCACAGCGUUGAACAAACCAGAAAAGCUAAAAAAGAAAAAGAAGAAAGGCAAAAUGGAUCGGCAUGGAAAUGAUAAAUCCACACCCAAGAAGACUUGCAAAAAGAGGCAGUCCUCGGAGUCUGACAUCGAGAGUGUCAUGUACACCAUUGAAGCCGUGGCAAAGGGAGACUGGGGCAUUGAGAAACUUGGAGAAUCUCCUCGCAAGAAGGUCCGUACAUCCUCAAGUGGCAAGGGAAGCAUUUUGGAUGCCAAGCCACCAAAGAAAAAAGUGAAAUCAAGAGAGAAGAAAACGUCCAAGGAGAAAUCCUCAGACACCACCAAAGAGUCAAGACCUCCAGAUUUCAUUAGUAUUUCCGCCAGCAAGAACAUUUCUGGUGAGGUGCCAGAGGGUAUAAAAGCAGAACCAUUGACCCCCAUGGAAGAUGUGUUACCACCCAGCUUGUCGGGACAGGCCAAGCCUGAGGACAGUGACUGUCACAGGAAAAUAGAGACUUGUGGCUCCCGGAAAUCCGAGAGGUCUUGCAAAGGUGCUCUUUAUAAAACCCUGGUGUCUGAGGGCAUGCUCACCUCUCUGCGGGCUAAUGUUGACAGAGGGAAACGAAGCUCAGGAAAAGGAAACUCCUCCGAUCAUGAAGGGUGUUGGAAUGAAGAAAGCUGGACAUUUAACCAGAGUGGGACCAGUGGGAGCAAGAAGUUCAAGAAGACAAAGCCGAGGGAAGACUCUCUCCUUGGGUCAGCAAAGCUGGAUGAAGAAUUUGAAAAAAAAUUCAGCAGCCUCCCUCAAUAUAGUCCUGUUACGUUUGACCGGAAGUGUGUCCCUGUCCCAAGAAAAAAGAAGAAGACUGGAAACAUGUCCUCAGAGCCGACGAAAACCAGCAAAGGUCCUUUCCAGUCUCAGAAAAAGAACUUAUUCCACAAAAUUGUCAGCAAAUAUAAGCACAAAAAGGAGAAGCCUAAUGUUCCGGAAAAAGGAAGUGGGGAUAAAUGGUCAAACAAGCAUCUCUUCUUGGAUGCCAUUCACCCUGCGGAAGCCAUAUUUUCAGAAGACAAAAACACCACAGAGCCUGCUCAUAAGGUUAAAAAUGCCCCAUCCGUUCCCAACACUCCAGAGCCAACAGCAACGCAAGAACCCUUGGUGGGCAGCCAAAAGAGAAAGGCAAGGAAAACCAAGAUCACACACCUUGUCAGGACAGCCGAUGGCCGGGUGUCACCAGCAGGAGGUACUUUGGAUGACAAACCAAAGGAGCAAAUGCAGAGGAGUCUGCCUAAGGUUGCCGAGGUGGGCUGCCACGACGAGUGCUCCCACAACCCCGAGGCCGCCGAGACCCGGAGCAGCACCCCCGAGAUGCCGGCCGUCUCUGCCUUCUUCAGCCUCGCCGCGCUGGCUGAGGUGGCCGCCAUGGAGAAUGUGCACAGAGGUCAGAGGUCGACUCCGCUCACCCAUGAUGGACAGCCAAAAGAAAUGCCACAGGCUCCUGUCCUUAUUUCCUGUGCUGACCAGUGAAGCACCCUUUCCUUGUAAAACAUUGUGCUUUACCUACUCCCUAGCCUUGUCUUUCCCGAGGGAUGCUAGUGAGUCCACGUGGUGGAAAAUAUAGACUGCACACAAGUGCUUGUCCCCUCCACGGCCCAGGUUCGCUUGAAGCGGAAGUUAGCAUCCUGGGCCGGUCUGUUCUUUCGGAACUCAGAGUCUUUGAGGGUGAUGUUAUCUGUCUGAUAAUGAGCAGAAACGGGAUGAUCCUGGAGCUUUGCUUUCUAUUGAAGGCUUUUGACGGUCUGAGGUGGUAACUUGGUAAAAGGCUGCCUUUAGUGUAGCUCAUUCAGCAUCUCUUUUACCAACCAGAGAGUGUGAAACUAGUUUCGUAUAUUACCUAGUUAUUCUUUCAAAACAAAAACAGAAAACAAAAAAACAAAAACUGACGCACUGCACUAGUUAUUAUUAGACAUUCUUAGUCUUUUUUGUACAUGCAGAUUUAAGUUCUAAGAUGGUUUAUAUAAUAGGUUAUACCUACAUUUAUAUUGUAGAAUAAUAUUAAAAAGCCUGGUCCAGAGACUCCAGCAGCGCGGGCAGGCAGAUGUACCAUUGUUAGCGGUGUAUGCUCGGCCUCGUGGUCCAUAUAUUCUGCACUUUUCUAUUUGCCACCAGAGUGGUAGUUUGCUGGCAAAAAAAAAAAAAAAAAAAAAAAAGGACAAAAAAAUUACAAUUCUUACAAGCUGAAUUUUUUUCUUAGCCUUGAGUGACCAAGAAGAAUUUGCUUGGGGCAAAUUGUGGCAAAUAUUUUCCCAGACCGGGGAAGAAGCGUCCUGCAGAUUACAGAUGCCUGAUGUUUUCAUGCCUCGAGGAUUCUUUUCUUUUUACACAGGGGUCGAAGUGACCAAUGGAUCGUUCAUACAAACAAAAAAAGAAAAAUAUUAUUCAGAAGUGACCUUAGUAUUGCUUCACUAUUCUGAACACAUUGAAGACACUCACUUCAUGUGGACUGUGAGCUACAGACCUUUACAUCCAUCCCAGACAGACUGGACGGGGAGCAAUUGCUAUGCACAGCCUGAUGGGCGCUGCGGGUUUUUAGAGCCAUUUGAGUUUGUGUGGUUAGGGAGGGACUGAGUGAGCAAUGAGGGAGGUGUGCCUGACCAGAGUGGGGCUCCCAGUCAGAGAUCCACCUGCAAGUUUCUGUUUCCUUUGUGUGUUUUGUUGCUUUUGAGCAUAAAACCAACCAUACACAGGCCAGUGCCAAGUGGAUUAACUGGCUCAGAACAUUCAACAUAUUGACUUAACCACCUGACGUUCACGGUGUCUUGUUUCCUAGCAACAGAUGCAAAGUGAUAAAUCAAAAUUAGUCAGAGGCUACAGAUUUUACAGGGUAUUUGUUCCAUAGCACAAAGUAUUCCCCCACUCUUGCAUCGCAGCACAAACUACCAAAUUUUAAUCAUUGGAUUCCAGCAAUAAUUUUUAUUGGUUUUCAAACUGGCGGAAUUUUGAUAGUGUUAGUUCGAGUUUGAAGCUUUUGAAUUAGAUCUCUAAAUGGUGACAGUUUACAAGGUUUUAUCUAGCUUUCUUAUUUAUACUUGACUGAAUUGUAAUGAUGAUUUUUUUUUUCUAAUCGUAAUUCGACCUAAUAGCCAUACAAAAAAUGACUCUCUUAGUACUGACUUAGGUUUAGCUUUUCAUGGUUGUAGAUAUUACUUCAGUUUCGGUGCUGGAAAAUAUGUACAACGUACUAACAGAAUCGAAAAAGAAUAUGGAGAUUUGUUUUUUUCAAAGCAGGGAAAGAGGGCAGCAGAGCAUUGGAAUGGUGUCCUCAAAUGCAUGUUCAUUGUGGGCCUGGAGGAAGAGGGAAUUAGUAAGCAGGGUAAUCAGAGGUGAAAGUUCAACCCCAUUCACGUAGAAAUAAACCAGGUGAGCCGCCCCGGAUUUUAGCAUAGUAUUUUUACUCUGAUGCUGUUUUAUUAAUGUUUUCUAAAUUUCAAAACACAAAGUGAAUGUCUGGAAAUUGCUGGGUCCCAAUAUUGGUGGCUGUUGGAGUUUUUGGACCACUUGCUAGCAGUGAUUUAAAAAUUAUAAUUAGCUAAAAUCCAAAAAAAAAAAAAAUAAACCAACAACAAAAAUUGUAUGGUGCAGAACAUGCGCCUUGACAAUGGUACUAACUUGUUAUUCUAGAGAACACAUUAGAAUAGAUCUAUUUUUGCCAGAGCACCCUCCUUCAGUCCUCCGAUUACAUUUCACUAGAGUUCCUUAAGAGAUUGCUGUAUAUUCAUGGGACCUUUUUUAAAAAAGAAGCAAAACAAAAGAUUACUUUUUUCUAUGUGAUUAAUAUCUUACUUGAUCUGCUUUUCCUAAACCUCAGUGGCUUUUCCCUUAGGCAGGGGUGGGGCGGGCGGGCAACCUACUGGAUAUGACUGUUUUCAGAUACUUUAAAAAAAAAAAAACCUUUUUGUAGAAAUGCUUAAUUUUUAAGCGGUUAGGCACUGAGAGUAGCAGAAAUCCUGCAAAGCUUUAUAGUCCUUUAGACACUCACCUUGUCGUUUCUCUGAGUGAAGUCUUGAUUUCAAUAAUAGUGCUUUCCUCAUGCCCUGAAUCCGCUGGAGAGGGCUGUUGGUAUUUUCAGGUAACAACAUUUGUUAGCACAAAUAUUUCAGACCAACAUGUAGUACCCCCCCCAUUUAUCAUUUUCAUUUCAUUUCUCUCAAUCUUUUUUAUUUUGGAAAAUCAUAUUGCUAUGGUGUGUACCUUAAUCUGCCAGCAAACACCACCUACACUAACAUUUGUCCCAUAAACAUCCUCAAGAGAAAAAGUUGUUGCACCUUAUGUAUAUCUCAAGCAAACCAAAAUAUGAUGCUCUUUCUGCUUUGUUUUAUUCUAAAUUGUUGUAUCAUAUCUUUCUGAAACCAUUCUGAAUUUAGUUGAAAUUAUCAAUAUUUAUGCUUUUAACCUUAAUUUCUGGAUUCAAACCUGUAUAUAAAUCUUUUGAAAAAAAUUGUCCUAGCCCUUCUCUGUGAUGCUGGAAGUGGAUGAUUUAGUCUCAGAUGGAGACGCAGUACUGUUCCAGUUUUCUUUAGCCUUUUAUUUAUUUAGUUAUUCUGGGUCUUUCCUUUGUAAUUUUGAAGUGUGUAGAGUAUAUUAUAGUAACUAACGCUGCAGCUCUAAGAAGCUGAGUGAAAGAAAAAAUACUGUAAGACAUCCUUUCUAAGUUUGUAUCUGUUUGGAUACUGUAUUGAGAUCAGGAAAAGGAGAAACGUCCCACAGCCACGUUAAAUUAGGUGAGCUCCCAGAUUCCAGGUCAAAACUGUUGCUUCAUUAAAGCCCUUUUCCAAGGCUCAGUCCUACUGUUGUAAUUCUGGCAGUCUCUUCCCCACAAAUAUCAGAAGUGCUUAUGUUUAAUUCUGUCAGAUGAGCUUUCCACCAGGGCCAUCCCCAGGCCAUGCUGACUGCUUUCCCAUGGUAUCACUGUUACUCCGGUUCCCUCCACUAAAACCACUGGAGAAAAACAAGUGAGGGAGCACCAUGAACAGCCCGGAGCAGCCCAGCUGCUCUGCUGGCUCAGAAUCCAACAUGUCUGGCCCCGGUCGUUUUCUCGUUCAGUCAGAUGCUCCUCUGCCGGAGUCAGAGGAAAUUUUGUCUGUGGUCUUUGGCUCGUCGGAUGGAAAUGUUUGCACCUAGGUAGAAUCUCAAGCAAAUUCUAAAUCGAUGCAGAACCAGGAGUAAGCUGACAGCUGAAUGACAUGUUUUGUUUAUACGGUGUGGGGGAGGGAUGAGAUUUGUCACAUCGCUCUGUCCCAAGUCUGGCAUUUGGCACAAUCUGGAGCAGGGGCAUCCUGCUGCCUGCUAAUCUGCUGUAGGAAUCGUGUGUGUCUGGAGACCAGCGGCUGGAGGCUGGAGGCUGGAGGCCGGAGGCCGGCGUCCGUAGAGCAGAGGGAAGCCCCGCCACCUCGCUGGGGGAAGGCAGGAGGUGGGGAGAGGCCUGGCGGCGUCCUCUGUGAAGGGAGAGCGGACGCAAUGCUGUGGAGGGGGGAUCCCCUUUGGUCGCACGCUCCACAGAGCCCUGACCGAAGGCCAGUCCUCAUGGCUACCUCGGCUUUAAGAGUUCAUUUCAGUAAGUCCUGUUUCAAAGAUUUGUCUUGUUUUGCUUCUACCUUCAGUGCCACUGUUUUCCACUGCAGUGUUUUGACUUUGCAAACCGCCUUCUCCAGAGAGAACAAUGUAUUGCUGAAAACGGGCAGUAGAAGCAAAUGCUGUGAUUGCAUUUGACCCGUGAAGUAUUCAGAGUGACUUCUAGGUGGAAAUUAAAGCUUAGCUUUCCCCGCAUAGGACCUUGUUUUGCACCUUAUGAAGAGUGUACUAAUUGUUAAUUAGAUGUUGCUUUUAUUUAUACAAGCAUUCCCAAAGAAUUAGAUUUGGAUUUUGUUUUUAUUUGAGUUUUGGGAUUUUUAAAAAUUAUCUUGUUUAGAUUGACUAACAUUAUACUUAACAAUAAACAGGAAACAGUUGUUCAGUUCGUCUUGCCAGCCAGGUCUGGUGAAGUAUUCAGGGUCUGAUGAACUCCUUGCCUUAGUUCGGCAGUGAUAGCUAAGUUUAUUAUACUCCAUCAUAAAUGACCUUGUCCUUUUCACUGGGGACGUUAUCUUCCUUACAUUUCAGAGCAAAGAGGCAACAAAAGAGAGAAAAGACAAUAUACUGGACUCCCUUCGUCCACCUCCAUCUCUUUGUGCUAUCUUUCCUUUAAAAAUUAUUUUAUACUUUUUGUUCACAAGAAAAAUAAUUUUCUCUCCUGGCCAAAUUUUAUUCGUGGUAUUAUGAUUCACACUAAUAAAUCGAGAGGGAAACCUUGUCCUUAGAAGUUCUGUGGCCACUGUUUUCUUGUUGCAAUCCGUGGUCAACGUUGAUCCUGCCCUCAGUUUGACUUUUAUUUGCCCAGAACUCAUGAAGAUUACUCCUCCCUCCAAAGAUUGCCUAAGAACUUGGGCCAGAACUGGUUACUGAGUGACCAGGACCGGAUUCUAUGCCUCCGAACCGUCCCACCCACACUGCAAAGUCUUACCUCACAAGCUCUAACCUAAAUUGCAGAGGCGCCAGGAUUCACAGGCUGAGAGGGAUCUCUCUUUGUGGCCCCCGAGGGCCGGCCGUGUCCCCUGACACCUCACAGCAGUGCCUCGGCUCCAAGAGCGGCAGGACUGGGGGAAGGGAAACUUCGCGAUCAGAGCUCAGCAAGGUUUUUCUCAUUUCAUUAGCCCUAAACAAGUCUCUCGCUCUCAGGAAUUUGUCAAAAAUAAGAGUAAAAAACCACCUGAGAUUCCACCCACCCGAUUAUGAACUUUUCUCAUAGGUUUGAAUUGCUUACUGACACGUCAUAAAUUAACCAUAGCCUCAUUCGACCACCAGUUCUUAAGUCUCUUCACAGUUUCAGCAUGACCUAAUCACUCAUUUUUUUUUUUUUUUUGCUUU